GAGGAUGUCGCUGGCCAAAGGGCGAACUACUAGUGGUCUGGAGGAGGCUGGAAAGAAGCGCUCUGGAACCAUAUCUGGUGUUCUUAGUGGCAGCCUCCAAUCUACUGGAAAGACUAUGCUCAAAACGGGUACCACUAUCGGUUUGCUCCUUGGAGUUGUUCCUUCCAAGAACUCCAGGGACUUCCUACGGAGGAAGGUGACCCGACUAUUCCCGAGCAAGACCGGAGUUAGUGAGAUCAAGGCUCACGAAGAAAACGAUUCUUCUGGCUCAGAUCACACUGAAGACAGUGAAGCUGAACGAAUCAAAGAGAAGCGGCGCCAGAGAUUUGCAGAGAAAGCUUCCAAGUCUUGGGGCUCGAUGGAGAAUGCGGGUGAAAAUGUAAAAGCGAGAGCCAGAGAGGCGGUUGGAUACCCAGAGAACGAGGAGGACUGGACCUGCUCAUUAAAGCUUCAGAGAGCGACUGGCAUUCUUUGGUUCCGCAUGGUAAUCGCUAUUCGGAAGAUUGCAGUUGCUGAGAACCCUCCGCACCCAUCCUUGAAAGCAAUGGUGGAGUCGCUGCGUUUUGAAGCUUUCAUCGGUGCAUUGAUUGUCGUGAAUGGCAUCAUCUCCGGAAUUGAUGCCAUGUACUUGCCAGAAGAAGCACAUCUCAGGCCGGCUUUCAUUCCUGCAGCCGAGUAUGCCUUUGUGGUGAUUUUCGUGUUGGAGUACUUUUUACGGCUUCGAGCUGACACCUGGGUGUGGAUGUUUGAACCGAUGAAUAUGUUCGACACUUUUGUGGUGUGGAUUACUGGCGUCCUUGUGGUGUUUGUUUUAGAACCAUUUGGGAUCCAAAGUGACUAUCUUCGACGCUUGGCUGCCUUGCGUGUUCUGCGCUUGGGACGACUUGCCAGAGCAGUUCGAACGCUGCCCAUGUUCCACGAGCUUUGGAUGCUCGUGAGUGGCGUCCUGACUUGUACAAAGCUACUUUUCUGGUCGUUUGUGAUUAUUUUCGUCGUGCAUUUCAUGUUUGCCGUGGUGGUGAUGGAAACAAUCACAACUGCCCCAGAGUUCGAAGAAGACGCAAUUGUGCAGAAUCUGUUCGGCUCGUUGUUCUAUACAAUGUUCACACUCUUCCAGUUCAUGACCUUUGACAGCUGGGCUAUUGUUGCCAGGCCAAUCAUCUACAAGAUGCCAUUAGCUCUCCCGAUAUUCUUUCUGUUUUUGGGGAUCGCUGGCAUCGUGCUAGUGAAUCUCAUGACGGCUAUCGUGGUGAAGAAUGCAUUUGAGGCCGCAGAUGCCGAUGAGGAAGCCAAAGCGCAGCAACAAGUCCAGCAACAGGCCAAGAUGGCUGCAGACUUGCGUGCCAUGUUUGAAAAGUUGGAUGAAGAUGGCAGCGGUACGCUGACGCGUGAGGAGUUCACUGAUGUCUUGGAUGAUGUGCUUUUCAUUCGGCAGAUGAAGGUCCUUGACAUUGACUUGGAGGAGCUUCCAGAUAUUUUUGAUAUCCUAGAUGAUGGUGAUGGAAACAUCACCACGGAGGAGUUCUGCUUGGGCCUAACACGCUUGCAGGGCGUGGCCAUGAGCCGAGACAUGUUGCGGUGCACCUCAAGGAAUCGGCAAUUAAACACACUUUUUGAUGAAGUACGGACCUGUUUGGGCUACAAAGUGGACAAGACACUUGGAAGCGUUGAGCUGAACCUGGAGGAGGCACAUGUGAACCUUGUUGAGAUGCAGCAGAUGACAGCUGAGGUGCUGAAGAAGCUUGAAGAAGAGGGCUUGCACCAAGCUGUGCGGUCUACUACCACUGGCUUAGAAGAGAUUCCGCCUCCUACUUUGGAGGACAUUGCAAAGCGUGAAGAGGAAGCUCAAAAGCAACGUGAUUUGGCGCGCUUGGGCCGCGGCCAAACCAGCACCCGCAGCAUCAAACCUCCAGUUGCGGCAUCUGAGAACUAUCCUGCCAUUCCCUCCACUUGGGUGCUGACCCGGAAGAAGAAGCUUGAGGAAAGAAAGCAUGCUAUGCGUGCGCAACAAUGGGAAGAUGCCGCACCUGACGUUGAGCAGUCGGUGGAAUUGCCUGGUGUUCUCAAAGAGAUGCAGGCUGAGUGGGCGGCCCGAGACUUGCACGUGGCACAGAAAUCACGUGAAGAACGUAUGAUGGAGCUAAAAGCGGAAAAGAAAGAGGAGAAGAUAAAAAUCCUACCGGCAAAACUUCCAGCAGUGUUGGCUCCACGGAAGAUGGAAGAAGAGGAGGUUGAGGGCCCAGAGCAGAAGGAUGUAGAGGCUCAAGAGGCCGUCAAGAAAGACGUGAAUAAAAUGAACAUCAAAGAGCUCAAGGAAAUGGCAGAGAGCCUUGGGCUGGAGCACGAGGGCUUGAAGAAGGUACAAUUGCUUCCUCUGGUGGCUGCAAAGAUGGAAGAAGUCAUGUUAGCCAGCCAGGGAAAAGCAAUCAUCUCCACCUUGUAGUGUCCCCAAGUAGGCUGCGCCCAACAGUGUGGUGCAAAGAAUAGCAAGGCCAUUGCAAGGCAUGAAUGCAAAUUGUCAGCCAAAGGCUUCGAUGAGAUAAUGCUUGGUCGACAAGAAGUCCUCCUGAUUGAAUCAUGGGGACACUAGCACAAUUCCUAAUGCUACUGCGGAAAA